AUGGAUAUUGCAAAGCCGGUUGGAGUGCCACUGGGAAGCCAGUUCAGGGGUACCAUUACCCUGUCUGGGUUUGUCGAUGCUGAUUUUGCAGGAAGUGAUCUUGACAAGAGGAGGAGUACUACUGGGUACGUAUUCACUUACGGCGAGACGGCCGUAUCCUGGAUCUCAAAGCUGCAGAAGAUAGUCAUAUUGUCCACAACGGAAGCUGAGUACGUGGCAGUGACGGAGGCAGCCAAGGAGCUCGUUUGGCUGCAAAACUUCUUGAAUGAACUUGGGAGACCUCAAAAGGAUGUGGCUCUAUACAGCGAUAGCCAGAGUGCAAUCCAUCUGGCAAAGAACCCCGCGUUUCACUCGCGAACGAAGCACAUCGAGGUUAAGUAUCAUUUCAUCCGGCAACUUCUAGAGAAGAAGAUGCUGCAGCUGAAAAAGGUUCGGGGAGAUAGGAAUCCUGCAGACAUGUUGACCAUGGCGAUAGGGAACUUCCUCGUAAGUUCCUGGUCAAAGGAAGGCUACUUCCUUGCAACUUCCUGGUCAAAGGAAGGGAGCUUCCUCUCAACUUUCUCGCAAGAAGGAUUUGUUUGGCUAUAA